AGAGCCUGUCAUCCCUGUGAAAGAUCCAACAUCUGACAUGGCCAUCAUCGCUCGUAAAGGCAGCCAGCUCGUUCGGAAACAUCGUGAGCAGAAAGAACGCAAAAAGGCACAGCACAAACAUUGGGAAUUGGCAGGCACCAAGUUGGGGGACAUCAUGGGAGUCAAGAAGACAGAGGACGCAGACCGCUCCGGGGGCAAAGCGGUGGGCGAGGACGGAAAAGUAGACUACAGAGCAGAGCAGAAAUUUGCAGACCACAUGAGAGACAAGAGCGAGGCCAGCAGUGACUUUGCUAAGAAGAAGACCCUUCUGCAACAGAGACAGUAUCUUCCCAUCUUCGCGGUCCGACAGCAGCUUCUUAACAUCAUAAGGGACAACAGCAUUGUGAUUGUUGUUGGGGAGACGGGCAGCGGGAAGACCACCCAGCUGACCCAGUACCUGCAUGAGGACGGGUACACCAGCUACGGCAUGGUGGGUUGUACUCAGCCCAGAAGGGUGGCAGCCAUGAGUGUGGCCAAGAGAGUCAGCGAGGAGAUAGGAACCAACCUGGGAGAGGAGGUGGGCUACGCAAUCCGUUUUGAGGACUGCACAUCAGAGAAAACAUUAAUAAAGUACAUGACGGACGGUAUCCUGCUCAGGGAGUCACUGAGGGAGUCGGACCUGGACCACUACAGUGCCGUGAUCAUGGACGAGGCUCACGAGCGCUCCCUGAACACUGACGUGCUGUUCGGCCUGCUGCGUGAUGUUGUAUCUCGGCGGACUGAUUUGAAACUCAUAGUCACCUCCGCUACCAUGGACUCAGACAAGUUCGCUGCUUUUUUUGGCAACGUACCCAUUUUCCACAUUCCAGGAAGAACAUUUCCCGUGGACAUCUUAUUUAGCAAGACUCCUCAGGAGGACUACGUGGAGGCAGCAGUAAAGCAGGGGCUGCAGAUCCACCUCAGCGGGCUGAUAGGAGACAUCCUCAUCUUCAUGCCCGGGCAGGAGGAUAUCGAGGUGACCUCGGAUCAGAUCGUGGAGCGGUUGGAGGACUUGGAGAACGCUCCGGCUCUGACCGUGCUGCCCAUCUACUCCCAGCUGCCCUCCGACCUCCAGGCCAAGAUCUUCCAGAAGGCUCCAGAUGGUGUGAGGAAAUGCAUCGUCGCUACAAACAUCGCUGAGACCUCCCUCACCGUGGACGGAAUCAUGUUUGUCGUGGAUGCAGGGUACUGCAAACUUAAGGUUUUCAACCCUCGCAUUGGAAUGGAUGCUCUCCAGGUCUAUCCCAUCAGCCAGGCUAAUGCUAACCAGCGCUCAGGCAGAGCAGGACGUACAGGACCAGGGCAGUGUUACAGGCUCUACACUCAGAGCGCCUACAAGAACGAGAUGCUGACAACCACCAUACCAGAGAUCCAGAGGACCAACCUGGCCAACGUGGUGCUGCUGUUAAAGUCUCUGGGUGUUCAGGAUCUGCUGCUCUUCCACUUCAUGGACCCCCCCCCAGAGGACAACAUGCUCAACUCCAUGUACCAGCUCUGGAUCUUGGGAGCUCUGGACAACACAGGCUCUUUGACACCGACGGGGCGUCUGAUGGUGGAGUUUCCCCUCGACCCCGCCCUGUCCAAGAUGCUGAUCGUGUCCUGCGACAUGGCCUGCAGUGCGGACAUCCUCAUCAUCGUCUCCAUGCUGUCUGUGCCCGCCAUCUUCUACAGACCUAAGGGUCGUGAGGAGGAGAGUGACCAGGUGAGGGAGAAGUUCUCUGUCCCAGAGAGCGACCACCUCACAUACCUCAACGUCUACAUGCAGUGGAAGAACAACAAUUACUCCAGCAACUGGUGCAACGACCACUUCAUCCACACCAAGGCCAUGCGCAAGGUACGAGAGGUGCGCUCCCAGUUAAAGGACAUCAUGGUGCAGCAGAGGAUGAACUUAAUUUCCUGCGGGUCAGACUGGGACAUCAUCAGAAAGUGCAUCUGUGCAGCGUACUUCCACCAGGCUGCCAAACUCAAGGGCAUUGGGGAAUAUGUGAACGUGAGGACAGGCAUGCCAUGUCACCUGCAUCCCACCAGCUCCCUCUUUGGUAUGGGCUACACCCCCGACUACAUCAUCUACCACGAGCUCGUCAUGACCACCAAGGAGUACAUGCAGUGUGUGACUUCAGUGGAUGGAGAGUGGCUGGCAGAACUUGGGCCCAUGUUUUACAGCGUCAAACAGGCGGGAAAAAGCAGAACGGAGAACCGUCGGCGGGCCAAGGAGGACAUCAUCAACAUGGAGGAGGAGAUGUCCAUGGCUGAGGAGCAGCUGCAGGCGCGGAGAGAGGAGCAGGACAAGAAGACCAACACUGGCACUGUUAAGGUUGUAAAGAUUUGCACACCAGGAAGAAAAGACGAGGCCCCCAUGACGCCCAGACGCACCCCUGCCCGCUUUGGACUGUAGAAACCCCGUCGACCAAUCACAUUGCCUCCUUUAGACUCGUUAUUACCGCGACCUGGAUCACACCAGCACAAGCACACAGUGUAACUUCCAGCUGCCAUUUGUCCCUCCCAGCAUGGCCAGUAUCACCUGCAGUACCUGAACAGACCACUAGAGUGAGAACUUGUAUAAGGCACAAGACUGAAACAGAGCCAGGUCCCUUCACCUUCAUCAGCCUAUAGCUGUUACCGCGAUACAUUUUAAGGAAUAAAGGACUUUGUUGUUGUUUUUUUGUAAAUUCAGUAUGUAUAUGUUGUCAUUACUGAAAAGUGGUUUUACAAAUGUCUAUUCAGUAUUGAUUUUACUCGAUCUAGAAACAUUUAAUUUUCUAUGCUCUUGUUUAAUUUCCUCCAUCCUGAAUGUAUUUUCAGAGGUAAACUGAUAAAAAGUGAUCUAAUUUCAA